AUGCUUGAAUUAUUGAAUCAACUUGAUGGAUUUAGUCCUAAUGAUAAAAUUAAAGUAUUUUUUAAUUAUAAUAUUUAUAGUUCAUUUCUGCAACCAAUAGACCUAAUAUUUUAGAUCCAGCCUUGUUAAGAUCAGGUAGAUUGGAUAGAUAGAUUGAAUUCCCAUUUCCAAAUGAAAAAUCUAGAGCAUAAAUUUUAAAGAUUCAUUAUAGAAAGAUCUCUGUUGCUAAAGAAACUGUUAAUUAUGUAGAAAUUGCUAGAAAUACUAAUUAAUUUAAUGAUGCUUAAUUGAAUGCUGUCUGGUAUGAUAGCAUUGAAUAGAGGAGGAACAUUCUUAAUUCAUGA